AUGUCGCAAGAUUGCCAGACCAAGAUUGGAUACCAAAAGGAUGGCCGCUUUAUCAGACCCGACAGCGCAUUCCGCAACUUCGUCUCCAGGGACCCAAAUUCGACAUUUCCAGCCGAGCCAGGUCGCUACGCGUUGUAUCUUUCGCCCGGCUGCCCGUGGGCCCAUCGUACCUUGAUCGUCCGUGCAAUGAAGCGGCUGGAGAACGUCAUCGACUUAUACAUGCUGUACACCAUGGACUGGCCUCAGGGGUGGUUCUUCAACGGCGAACAUGGCACACUCGAGAAAGACCCCCUCUAUGGCUUCACCCAUCUCCGGGAGCUCUACCUCAAGGUGGACCCCAACUUCAACGGUCGCGUCACCGUCCCGGUUCUUUGGGACAAGAAGACCGGUACCAUGGUAAACAACGAGUCGAGUGAGAUCAUCCGCAUGCUUUAUACCGAGUUCGAUGCCUUCGUCCCCGAGGCCGUCCGCGAGGCGAACAAACCCGUCGGCGGCUUCUACCCGGAGCAUCUCCGCGAGGACAUCGAUGAGAUGAACGACUGGGUCUACCAUACGGUCAACAACGGUGUCUACAAGGUCGGCUUUGCUGCCACACAAGAAGCUUACGACGAAAACAUCUACCCACUGUUCCAGUCGCUAGACCGGCUUGAGGGGAUUCUCGAGCGUCACGGUAAACCAUUCCUACUGGGCGAUCACAUAACCGACGCCGAUGUGCGCCUCUACACCACACUGGCACGGUUUGACGUGGCGUAUCACAGCGUCUUCAUGUGUAACCUGAAGUCGAUUCGGCACGACUACCCGCGCCUGCAUCUGUGGUUGAGGAGGCUGUACUGGGACCAAGGAGAGGAAACAGGCAGCGCAUUCCACAGCACUACCGCCCCGUGGAUUGGACUGUAUGCCCAGGGCUAUGCACAGUCGAAGCAGAAGAUCAACCCAGGACAAGCCGCUCCUGUCGUCCCGAGAGGGCCUGCGGUGCUAAUGGAGCCAUUGGACGAAAAGGAGACCUUGUGA